AUGUUUUCUUUUUCCCUAAUUACUCCAGGGACGAAUGAUCACAGCUUUAAAGCUGGUCUACUAGAAUUUGAUAAUGAGUUCAAAAUUCUUACAGAUCCUUCUUGGAAUGGGGUUGACGUGGAUUCAGUUUUGUUUAUUGAACAACAUCUUAAGGAGAUUGAUGUAAUACUAUUGUCACAUUCCACUGAAGAAUUUAUAAGUGGGUUCAUGUUAUUAUGUAUCAAGUUUCCAAACUUGAUGUCAACGAUCCCAAUAUACUCAACACUUCCAGUCAAUCAAUUAGGUAGAGUGUCAACUGUGGAAUGUUAUCGUGCUAGUGGAAUUCUAGGACCUGUUGAUUCUGCAAUCAUAGAGUUGGAUGAAGUGGAUAAUUGGUUUGAUAAAAUUAAUUUGUUAAAAUAUCAGCAGUCUGUUAAUUUGUUUGAUAAUAAAGUGGUGAUCACUCCAUAUAACGCUGGGCAUACUUUGGGAGGGACAUUUUGGUUGAUUACCAAGAGAGUUGACCGUGUCAUCUAUGCUCCGGCAUGGAACCAUUCUAAAGAUUCAUUCUUGAAUAGUGCUUCUUUUAUAUCUCCAUCUACAGGAAGUCCUCAUUUACUGUUGCUUAGACCAACUGCAUUCGUCACUGCCACUGACAUGGGAUCUGCAAUGUCUCAUAAAAAGAGAACAGAAAAGUUUUUGCAAUUGGUUGAUGCCACUUUAGCCAAUGGAGGUGCUGUUGUUUUGCCAACUUCUUUAUCUGGUAGAUUUUUAGAAUUAUUUCAUUUAGUUGAUGAACACUUGAAGGGUGCACCAAUCCCGGUAUACUUUCUUUCCUACUCUGGUACCAAAGUUUUAAGCUACGCUUCCAGCAUGUCAGAUUGGAUGUCAAACACUUUGCUGAAGCAAUGGGAGGAAUUAUCUACCGUUCCAUUCAAUCCAUCCAAAGUGGACUUGUUAUUGGAUCCAGCAGAAUUGAUUAAAUUGAGUGGUCCUAAGAUAGUAUUUUGUUCAGGUAUAGAUUUGAAAGACGGAGAUAUAUCGUCAGAAGCUUUUCAAUACUUAUGUAACGAUACAAGUACAACUGUGAUUUUAACAGAGAAAUCUUGCAUAGACUCUAGAAAUGGAUUAGGUGCCGAACUCUAUAAGGAAUGGUACACUUCUGCACUGAAUAAAAGUACUGGCAACGGUGCCAAGGAUGGGAUAGCCGUGCCAAUCGAUAGAACCAUCAGCUUACAGAAUCAAACCAAAGAGGUGGACUUAACGGGACAAGACCUUUUGAAUUUCCAAGAGAAGGUAGCACAGAAAAGAAAGGAAAAACUUAUGGCGAAAGUGAGAGAUCAGAAAAAUCAAAACAUAUUAAGUGCCGAUACUGUUGAUGCGGAAGAUUCAUCAGAUGAUGAUCGUGAAGAUGAAGACGAGGAGGGACACUAUUCUGAUGAAGAGUUGAAGAAAUUAGAACUAGCAAAAAAUACGGCAGUUUCUACAAGUCAAGUAGCUGAUCUUGCCAAUCACGAAGCGUUUGUUAUGGAUACUAUUAAACAGAAUUUAGAGAAAAACCUUCCAAUUGAUCUCAAAAUAACGCAUAAAUUGAAACCAAGACAAGCAAUGUUCCCAUAUUUCCCUACAGCACACCGUGAAAAAUUCGAUGAUUAUGGUGAAGUGAUUGAUAUUAAAAAGUUUCAAAAGAAUGAUGAAAUAUCACAUAGUAAGAUCAUCAUGGAAGGUAAGAAGAAGUUUGAUGAAAAGAGGAAUAACAAUAUUCGUAAUAACAGAAAAGGUAGAAACCAAAACAAACAACAAGCCAAUAAAUUAACCCCACAAGAACAAGUUAAUCAACAAGUACUUCAGAAAUACCUUGACACUUUGUUUAAACCCAAAAAGAGAGUAUCCACUGGCGCAGGAGGAAAAAAUCUCAAAAUUAGAUGUGGUUUAUCAUUUGUUGAUUUAUCAGGAUUGGUAGAUUUACGUUCAUUGGGUAUAAUUGUUCAAGCCCUUAAGCCUUACAAUUUGAUCUUACUUCCAGACUACUCUAAUCCAGAUGGAUUAUCAAAUGUUAGGGAUUAUUUUACCAAGCAACAAGAAGAACACGAUCUAGAACAGACCAAGAAGAAUGCAGUACAUUCUUCUAGAUAUUUGUCACUCGCUUCCAUCAGGGAUGGACUUUCCAGCGCUAUGUCGCCAUACUCCAACAGUGUGAUGAAUGUUUUAGUUGUCCAUGAUAACGAAUCCGUCAAGAUCGGUGCCGAUGCUGAGUCAGGAUCCAUUAGUUUGAAUAACUUUGAAGUGAAUUUAGAUGAAGUUCUUGUAAAGGAGUUAAAAUGGCAAAAGAUUGGAGACAACUACAAAGUUGCUAAAGUGUAUGGUGAGUUAGAACUACAAAAUCCAGCACCUCCACCUUCAAAACGUCCAAGAAAAUUGCAAGACUAUAUGAAUGCAUCAACCCUUUUUUCGUUGAAGAAAGUGGAUGGUACCAGCUUGGCGGAACGCAGACAAGCUAUUCAAGAACAAUUUAAAGAUCCCAAAAUACGUGCAUUAGUCUCAAAUGGACCAAAAUUGGCGAUUGGUAAUAUUCGAUUGCCAGAUCUUAAAAAGCGUUUACAGAGCAAAGAUUUGACCGCUGAGUUCAAAUGA